UGGUCUCUGCCCCAAGCGGAAGUCAACCUCGUAUUUCCGGUGUGAGAGUCGCCUCGCCAAGAUGGCGGCCCAACAGCAGCAGUCCGGUGGUCCAGGCUUACAACAGCAACAAGCCGCUGCACUGCAGCAGUUGAAUCAGCAGCAGGACUUCGACCCUGUGCAUCGUUUUAAAAUGCUCAUUCCGCAGUUAAAAGAAAGUCUACAGAAUCUAAUGAAGAUCGCGUCGCUCAACCUUGCCCACAACACGACCAUAGACAACGGAGUUAAAAGCAGUGACGCUGCUGUUCAGCGCUUUGACAAAAGCCUUGAGGAGUUCUAUGCUCUCUGCGAUCAGCUGGAGCUGUGCUUGCGGCUGGCGUACGAGUGCCUCUCUCAGAGCAUUGACAGCGCCAAGCAUUCGCCCAACCUGGUGCCCACUGCCACCAAACCAGACACGGUGCAGACAGAGUCCAUGUCCUACGCCCAGUACCUUGGCAUGAUCAAGUCCCAGAUCUCAUGCGCCAAGGACAUUCACAACGCUCUCCUGGAAUGUUCGAAAAAGAUAGCGGGAAAGGGACAGCCUCCGGUAAUUAUGUAGAUCUCACAAUGGACCCAUUUUCAUUCAAGUAGGAUUUAUUGUUUUUUAACACGUCUGCUAGAGGAGUGAUGCUUUUGGUGAAUUAUGUUCACGCUCUUCUGAACUUUGGCAGGGUGGCUCCAUUAAAAUUCUGGUAAUGGAUUUGGUAUUAAUCCACUGGAGUUAUUUUAUUUUUUAUUUUACAGAGAGGCCACCAAAGCAGGGUAUUGCUGCAAUUUUAGGCGCUUUCACGCAGAUGCACUAUGUGGGUUAACAUCAACGUCUCUGUCAUGGCAUUGAGGAUUUUUUCUGAACACUUAAGUUCCGUCCCACCCUUGAAAUUCAAAGGCAUUAUUGUGUCACAGGGGGGUUGUACAUGAAAAGCAUAUUUACAGUUUGAAUUGGAAUUUAUCCCCUUUUUUUUAACCAUCAAAUUUCUAACACAGUGUAAAUUGAUUGGCCACGUUUGCUGAAUUCAGAUUGCGGAUUGUUGCAUCACUGGUUUCUCUCUCGGAAGUCUGAUGUUAUGUUUUUUUCCUCACCACAUUUUAAAUUUCACCAACUUAGAAUUUGACGGAGUUUUUUUGAUGGUAAAUUUUCAGUUUUGGGCGAUUUGAUGGUUAAGAACAAAUAAUAUAAAUUCUCAGACUUUUCGGGGUGUAAAAACAUUUCAAUUUGAAAUACGUUUUAAAAAAAUUAAAUUUAAUCCAACUGCAGAAAUUCCAUUGCUGACCUGUACUUUCUUACAAAUUUGCAGGCGUUUUGUCCAUUGUCACCAGGUGGCGCCAAUUGUGUACUUAACCUACUCUGCCUACUUAAUUUGACUAUUGAAACUUUUCGACAAAUGACUUGAAACCAUCUACAAUAUCUGCAAUGAUCACUAAACGUACAUACUUGUGCAGGAGGGACAAAUGUCUUCUACCAAUUAGUUGAGUCAAAAUAAACAUUUUGUCAUGUG